CGCAAAACCAACUGCCCAUAGUUUAAAAACCGAGAGUUAUCAAUUCCAUUCUCCGCGCAAUUCCGAACCGCGAGGUUGAUCACCAGGUAGCACCUGUCUAUCUACAUUCUCGUGCCGAAGGGAAUACUAUCAACAAAAAUAAGAACAAGAAUAAGAAGAAAAAAUGGGAAAUUGCUUCAGCAAGGGCUCCGGAUCCGGGAACUUCCGAGGCGAAGGCCGCGUUCUAGGUGGCAGUGGCAGCGCCACUACUCCGGCGGCGGCGGCGCGUCCGGCACCAGCAACAGCCGGCGGCGGAUACGGGACUGUCAACCCACCCACAUCCGCCCCGGUACCACCAAGGGCGACGACGACGGCGGCGACCACCACCGGCGGCAGGACUCUCGGAGGGACAGAAACAGAAGGAGGAGGAAGUAAUGACCCAAAGAGCAAAGCCGCUCAAGCAGCUAUGGCUCGAUUCCAAAAAGAUCAAGGGUCAGGUGCCGACCUCUCCAAGAAGUUGCGAGCGCAAAAGGGCAUGACGCGUGACGCGCUGCUUAAGGAGGAGAGUGAGCGGGAGAGGGCGAGGAGGGCGGCUGAGCAAGCUGCAGAGGCGAGGACUUAUAACUAAGUAGGAUGAUUGUUUGAUGAGGCACGAGUGAUUGUCGGGAGGGUCGGAUGAUGGUUGGGUUGGUUCGCUGGUUAGGCGGUGCGUGGUGCUUUGGGAUGAUGAUUUGCAUAUGGUGGUUGAUGG